AUGAGUGACAAGCUACUACCGAUCAUGUGCUGGAACGUAAGAGGACUAAACCAACCAGCAAAGAGGGCAUCAGUGUGUGAGAUGGCAAAAUCAUUGCGAGCAACAAUUUUGUGCCUCCAGGAGACGAAGAUAGACGCAUGGACACCGCAACUAGUGCAGGAGAUAGGAAGAACCCAACUCACGGAAUGCAUCGCCCUACCGGCGAUCGACACGAGCGGCGGGGCGGCAAUCCUAUGGAAUAGAGAGCUCACUACAAUAGUUUCGCAUGCGGUAGGAAUUUUUGCUAUCACUGCCAAGGUCACCCUGCUAGGACAGAGCCAGCCUUUCUGGCUAUCCUCGGUCUAUGGACCAGCGGACGACGCCAGGAAGGAGGCGUUCCUCCGCGAGCUAUCAUUCUCUACGCCACAGCCUGCGGAGCCGUGGCUUAUAAACGGCGAUUUCAACCUGUUUUACGAGGCUAGGGAUAAAAAUAACCUAAACCUCAACCGGAGGCUCAUGGGCAAAUUCAGGCAGGCCAUCGACACUGCCGGGUUGAAGGAAAUUAGAUGUACAAACCGCCGCUACACGUGGAGCAACGAGCGACAAAACCCGACGCUAGUAAGCAUCGACAAGUUCUUCUGCAACCUUCCAUGGGAAUGCCGAUUCCCCUCGGCGUCACUGCAUGCGGCAUCCAUGGCCACCUCCGAUCAUUGCCCGCUAGUACUCGCUGACACAACAGCAACUCCACGCCCAGGCAAGUUCAAAUUUGAAAAUUUCUGGCCUAGGUUCCCGCGGUUCCACGACACGGUUGAACGGGCUUGGAAUAGACCAGUGCAGUCUACCUGCGCUUUCCGUCGUCUCCUCACAAAAAUGACGGCACUGCACGGGACCUGA